AUGGGCGCCAAAUAUGGCCUCCUCAUCCCGGAUACCUACGAGCUCGAGGUCCCAGACGAUGCGGACAUGAACACGACCAGCAUCUUCUGGGGUCUUUCUCUCGGCAUCGCAAUCUUCUCCGCCACCAAAGCAGGCAAACAGUCAUAUCGCUCAUGGAGGCGCACACACAGGAUAACGGCAUAUGUUUUCAUGAUCUGGGCUGUCUGGUUGUCGUCUCAGGUCUUGGGAGUGUUGGCUUGGGGUUUCCAGAGGGGCUACAUCCCUCCUAGCUUCGGGUUUUACUUUUGCGUCGCACUUUUCUGGGCAUUUCAGAUCCAAUUCCUCCUUCAGAUCAUCCUCAAUCGGCUUGGGCUCCUCAUCGUGGUCCCGGGGAAGGCGGCCAGGCUCAAGUGGAUUGUUUUCGCCAUCAUUCUAGCAGUGAACAUCAGCGUGUUCAUCAUCUGGAUGCCCGCUCGCCUUCAGAUCAACGACACUUGGAUUCACCUGAACUUGAUUUGGGACCGUUGUGAGAAGGUCAUAUUCGCCAUUGUGGAUGGUGUUUUAAACGGCUACUUCAUCUACCUCGUCCGAACACGCCUCAUCCAGAAUGGAUUGACCAAAUACGUUCCAUUGUUCAGAUUGAACUUGUUCCUCAUUUUCUUGUCGCUUUCUCUUGAUGUUGUUCUCGUCGGGACGAUGUCGCUGAAAAACAGCAUGGUCUAUCUGUCUUUCCAUCCUGUUUGUUAUCUCCUGAAGCUACAAAUCGAGCUGAAGAUGUCCGAGCUCAUCACCAAGAUCGUUCGAUCGACCGGUAACCACGCCGCAAGCGACGAUAUCUACUACCGACAUACCUCGACCAACGGGAAGAAGGGCAAGAGUGCUCCAACGGGAGGAAAAUCAAAAUCCAAGGUCACCGGCAUGGGACAUGGAGGCUCUGUGUACCAAGGAAAUCCGAAUACGACCAAUAUUACGCAAAUCGAAGCCGACGAUGAAGACAUCGAAUUACAAAAUACGGGACCCGGCAUUGUCAAGACGGUGGAAACGACGGUUGCUACUUUCGCUGCUAGCGAGAGGGAUCCGGAUGGUUCUAGCCAGAGCAGCUCGACUCGAAACCUUCAUUAUCCUUAA